GGUGAAAGAGACAGCAAGAGAAGGAUGGAGAUUCGGGCAUUUUUGAUUGCUGUGCUGGUGGCUCUUCUGAUUCUGCACUUCCUGAAACAACUCUGGUCACGCAGGCAAUAUCCUCCAGGACCUUUCCCGCUUCCUCUCAUUGGAGGUUUGUGGCGAUCCGGGGCGAAGCUUCGCGAAGAUACUUUAAUUAAGAUAGCAAAGCAAUAUGGCAACGUUUACACCUUAUGGAUGGGACAUAUACCCUUUGUAGUCCUGUCUGGAUUCCAAGCAGUGAAAGAAGCGCUCAUUGACCACUCUGAACAAUUUGAUGAGCGACCAGUGAUGUCUUUCUUUACAGCAAAAGGACAGGGUAUUAUAUUAUCAAAUGGUCACGUCUGGAAGCAGCAGAGACGGCUUGGAGUGGUUGCUAUGCGGAAGCUGGGAUUGGGGAAGAAAGGCAUAGAGCACCAGAUAGCAGAGGAGGCCCGUCAGCUUGUGGAGAUCAUUGCACGUUCAAAGGGACAACCACUUGACCCCUCCAUGCCCAUCACUAAUUCAGUCUCCAACGUGAUAUGUGCUAUGGCUUUUGGGCACCGGUUUGCUCUUGAAGAUGAAAGGUUCCAAAAGUUGAUAGAAGACAUGGAUUUUGUCCUAAAAUUUCAAGGCAGCAUCUAUCAGUCUCUGUAUGAAAUAUUGCCAUGGCUUAUGAAACAUCUCCCAGGGCCCCACAAGAAGGCCUUGUCCUGCAUAGAGAUGGUAGUUUCAUUCGCAAAGGAGGAGAUAGCGAAGCAUAAGGAGAAUCUGGCUCUGCAUGAACCACAGGAUUUCAUUGAUUACUAUCUACUUGAGAUGGAGAAAAGCAAGAAUGACCCAGAGUCCACCUAUGAUGAAGAAAACUUAGCCCAGUGCAUUUUUGACCUCUUUGUGGCAGGGACAGACACAACCACCAUUUCUCUGAAAUGGGCUCUUCUCCUCCUGGCAACUCAUCCAGAUAUCCAAGAUAAAGUCUACAAGGAGAUAGAAGAUGUCAUAGGUUCUGCUCACUCAAUCAGCUAUCAAGAUAAGAAGAAAUUGCCCUACAUCAAUGCUGUGAUUCAUGAAACGCAGCGCUUUAAAUAUGCCUUACUUUUUGGGGUUGUCAGGCAAUGUAAAGAGGAUGUGAAGAUUCAUGGUGUCCUCAUUCCCAAGGGGACUGCUAUUAUUCCCGAUCUGCGUUCUGUUCUUCUUGAUCCCACACGAUGGGAGACACCAACAGAGUUCAACCCAAAUCAUUAUUUGGACAAGAACGGACAAUAUGUGGCUAGAGAAGAAUAUCUGCCAUUUGGUGCAGGGUCUCGCAUGUGUUUGGGAAUGCAGCUGGCAAAGAUCGAAGUUUUCAUCUUCCUGACCAGCCUGCUGAGAAUGUUCCGCUUCCAGCUGCCAGAAGGAGUGAAAGAACUCAAUAUGGAGGCUAUGCCAGGGGGUACAACACAUCCCCAUCCGUAUAAACUCUGUGCUGUUCCCCGCUGCAAGGCAUAAUAAAAUAGGAAAGUUCCAGGGAGCUGCACUCAUGCUUCCUCCACUUGCCAAACUCUUUGCCAUUCCUGAAACCUUAUCCCCCUAGAGCAGGGGUCAGCAACCUUUUUCAGCCGUGGUUCGGUCCACCGUCCCUCAGACCAUGUGGUGGGCCAGACUAUAUUUUGGGGGAAAAAUGAAAGAAUUCUUAUGCCCCACAAAUAACCCGGAGAUGCAUUUUAAAUAAAAGCACACAUUCUACUCAUGUGAAAACACGCUGAUUCCCAGACUGUCCACAGGCCAGAUUGAGAAGCCGAUUGGGCCGAAUCCGCCCCCCGGGCCAUAGGUUGCCUACUACGGUGAUGACUUUUUCAUUUUUUUUCUCAAAAAUUAUUUCCUGUAGCACAAAUGGAUGAACUUUUGCGUAUUAAUGACAAAAAUGAGGUAUAUUCCAUUGAAAUAUUUAAAAAGGUUAUGCACAAACUGUUUUUAUUUUUUUGUAUGCCGUUUUACCAUUUGAUAAAAUUGUAUUAACAAUUCUAUAUAUAUUUCAUAUCAAAUUUGGACACAACACCACAUUCCACAAUGGGGAGUGUUCUUAGCAACAUAGGGUAUACAAAUGUCACACCUGCGCAAGGUAAAAGCCCCUUUUUGCGACCUCAAAACUCAUCCAGCAGACCUUGCCGGGCAUGCUGGGAAAAGAACCUACAGGAGAGGUAGCAAAACAUCGUCCUCUAGCGGCAUCUAUACUGUUACUGCAGCUAAAAAAAACCUCCUUGUGUGUUUGAUGCCCCUAUAUAAUGUCGUAUAUAUGUGACUCUAAAGCUUGGGUUAAAUUUUAUAUCUGCUUACAGUGACUUCAAAAAUGGUCAAAAAACUGAUAAAUAAAAAUUUUAAAAUCAUUUUGUGCGUGAGGUUUUUUUAAUCAAAUCUCUUUGAAAGUAAGUUUUAAUCUAAUCUUUAAUGAAAGCUCAUCAAAUUAUGAUACAGGGAAAUGAGGUUGUAAAAAAGUCAUCACCCUAAUAGACAUUUUAAA